AUGGACGCGCGUCGAGUAAAAGAAGGUGAUAUCUUGAAGUACAAAAGCGGAUUUCUAAGCAGCAAAUGGAAAACGUAUCAUGCAGUGUUGUUUAGCGAUUCGAAAUUAUGUUGGUACGAUGAAAAAGGUGAUCGUAAGCCAAAGGGUUCGGUACUACUUAAGGAUGUUGUUCCUUAUAUUUGUGUGGGGUUAAUAACGGACAGAAUGCCAGUAAAACGUCCAUCAGUGCCUGAUGGCUAUUCUGUACAUCAUCUAGUCGGUAUUGGAAUGGAUCCUAGAGCGGAGACCGUGCAUUGGAUUCUCUUCUCGUCUGACUCAGAUAUCGAGGCAUGGUUCGCCGAAAUCACGAAAACUUUACCGAAACCAGAUCCACCGCCGCAGCAACAACAACCGGUAACUCCACCUCAGCCUGGAAGUGUUCAACCCAGCAGUGGUUAUGUUCCUCCAGCAAAGUAUCCCGAUGCUCCCCCACCAGUACAGGGUAGCUAUCCAUCUCCACCCGUACCACCUGCUUAUGGAGGCACAGCACCACCUCCUCCAUCUUACUACAACCAAGCAGGUGGUGCUGGAGGAUAUGGCUGCGGUGGCGGUGGUGGUGGCGGAUAUGGCAGAGGUGGUGGAUAUGGUGGCGGACCGACGACUGUAGUUAUUGACCGUGGUGGCAGUAGUUAUGGAGGCGGAAGUGGUUUAGGUGCGGGACUAGGUGGUGCAGCACUUGGGUUUGGAAGUGGAAUGCUGUUGGGAUCGCUGAUGAGUUACGGUAUGGGAUCAAUGUGGGGAGGUCAUUCAAUGCUGAUGCCCAGCUACGGUGGUGGUUUCGGCAUGGGUGGAGGUUACAGUUCUUACUCGGAUAACGAUACUAAUAUCACGAACAACUAUUACAAUACUCCAGAUCCAAAUAUCAGUAAUCCUACUACAGAUGCUAAUCAAACACAAUCAAUAGUGGAAGAACCAGAAGACAUUCAUAAUAACGCAGCUGGCGAUUAUGACGCCUCUCAUGAUGAUUAUGAUGGAGACACAGGAAAUGACGGCUAUGACUAUGGUGGAGGAGAUUAUGGAGGUGAUGAUUACGGUGUCGAAGACUUUGGUGGUGAUUUCGGUGGAGGCGAUUUCGGUGGUGGAGAUUUUGGCGGUGGAGACUAUUAA